UAUUUGUACAUUUAGUCAUGGAAACAGUUUGUCUCCAACGUUUGUCAGUGAACUGUCAUAUCAACGUUUUUUCCAAUUAAUGGUAUACCUGAAGUAUUAAGUUUAUCAUUGAGCUUAAUGGAUCUUCAACUACGUAAUCUUUUUUCAAUGCACGAAACACCACGCAAUACGAUAGCUUCGUUGGUACAUAAGUGCCACACAAUGUUGAUGUGCGAUGGACGAGAACGCGCGAUCUUGCUUCUUUUUAUCGAGGGCUUGUUGUUAUGUGCUUUUCUUGCUAUAUAUGAUUACGCCCCCGAGGCGGAUGCCAGCAACCGACAGAAUAGCAUCGCACCUCAUUUAAAUGGAAAAUCGAACUCUCUAUCCGUCAGAUAUAUAUUGUAUCAAGAUGUUCACGUAAUGAUUUUCAUCGGUUUUGGCUUUCUGAUGACAUUUCUCAAAAAAUACAGCCAGAGCGCUGUUGGUUUGACCUUCCUCGUAGGCGCAAUUCUCAUCCAGGUGGCUUUAAUCUGCGACGGCAUAAUGAAUGUAAAGUUAGGCAACAAAGCUUAUCUGUCAUUAAAUAGUCUUCUUAGUGCUGAUGUUGCUGUCGCUACGCCGCUUAUUUCUAUGGGAGCAGUUUUAGGCAAAGUGACAUAUAUGCAACUGGUGUUCAUGGGGAUAAUGGAAUUGAUUAUGUUUACCAUUAAUAAAUAUGUAGGCGAACAACUAUUUAUGGCCGUUGAUGCUGGUGACAGUAUGUUCGUCCAUGUGUUUGGCGCAUAUUUCGGAUUAGCGAUUAGCUUCGUACUCGGAAUGAAGGAAAAACCGAAGGAAUAUGAUCUGGAAGGAUCGUCAUAUCAAUCAGAUGUUUUCGCCAUGAUCGGUACGGUGUUUUUAUGGCUAUUUUGGCCGUCAUUCAAUGGCGCUGCAUUGACAGGAGAUGAUCAACAGCGGGCUGUAAUCAACACUCUGUUAUCAAUAUCCGCGAGCUGCGUGAUUACGUUCGCCGUGUCUGCAUUGGUUUCCAAGGACAACAAAUUUAACAUGGUACACGUGCAAAACUCGACUCUGGCUGGAGGCGUAGCUAUUGGCACAGCUGCAGGUAUGAUGUGUGAACCACUGGGUGCUCUGAUAAUCGGCGCUGUAUCUGGUAUAAUUAGUGUCUUAGGAUACAAAUAUCUUACGCCAAUUAUACAGAAACAUCUUCAUAUCCAUGACACUUGCGGAGUACACAACUUACAUGGGAUGCCAGGAGUUCUAGCUGCAUUUUUUGGUGCGCUUAUGGCAGGCUUGGCUACGGAAGCCACUUAUGAUUAUUCUCUGUAUGAAAUCUUUCCUGCGCGGGCGCCAAGUGCAGAAACUUUCAAAUUUAGUGAAAUGCGAGAUUAUAAUUAUCGAAUAUCAGCGGGAUUCAACAGGACGGCAUAUCAGCAAGCUGGAUAUCAAUUACUGGCACUGGCAGUCACCCUUGGGAUCUCUAUUGUUUCUGGAUUAAUAACAGGUUUAUUUCUACGUACGAUGUUUUGUGGAUGGCUUACUGAGCAGCAGAAAUUCGAUGAUGCGGUUGUUUGGGAAUUGGAAGAUGAAUCUCAGGUUGAAUUUGGAAAAAAUCGUAAUGAUAACACUUGUCCCAAUGAUCAUAUAGCUAUGGGUAAUAUUUAAUAUGUGAACAUAAUACCCAAUUUAUAAUAAGUAAAGUGCGCAUCUCACGAAGUUAUUAAGCUUGCAUGUAAAUUAGUAUUAAGUAAUCUGUUCUAAUGUAUGUAUAAUUAAUUCUUACUUUAUAAUAAUAUUUUAUCAUAUUUUAUAUGAUUAGUUCCCGUUUUUUUUUGUUUUUAUUUUUUUUAUAGAAAUCGGAUUACAAAUGCAAAAGAUUAUUAUAGUUUUACGGCACUAGUAUAGAUUUUUAUUUAAUUUUUUAAGUACUAAUACGAUUAAAGUUGACAGUAAAAAAAGUAUUUCUAUAUUUUAUGAAAAGUACAUUUAUGUGUAAGGAAAACAAAUAUUACAGAAAUAAAAUGUUUUCAC